GACUCCAUGUCCCAGCAUUCCGCGCGGCUCCGCCUGCUCUGCCAGUGCCGGGAGCCAGCCGGGUCUUGCCAUGAAAUAGCAUCCUUCUGACAGUGCCUAAAUCUUCUCCACAUGCUCCAGAAGGAAUCUCCGAUCAUUAUUGUUAGCCAAGUCCCCCAGAAUGAGGAAAUCUAGAAAAUCCUGCCUCAGGACUCCAGAACCAACAUUAAAUAUUGAGAAGAAAAUUAUUGAAGAACCCAAACACAUAGAGUUGUCCAAAAAACAAGUAAAGGAACUAGAAAUAAAGAAGCCUCCAAGGAAACGCCGAAGGGCGCCGGCUAAAUCAGAUGCUUUCAUCUGCGGUGACUGCGGCAAGGGAAGUCCAUGUAAGUCUGCUCACUUAAGGCACAUGAAAACCCACACAGGAGAACGUCCAUAUAUGUGCGAUGACUGUGGGAAAAGGUUCAUCCAGAUCUCAGAGUAUAAAAACCACCAGAGAUCUCACACCGGGGAGAAGCCAUACACCUGCUCAGAGUGUGGCAAAUGCUUCAGCCGCUGCACCUACCUCACCAUGCACAUGAGGACCCACACUGGUGAGAAGCCAUACAUGUGCUUGGAGUGUGGAAGGAGCUUUAUUCAGCACCCACAUCUGGUCAACCACCAACGGAUCCACAGUGGAGAGAAACCCUACAUCUGCUUAGAUUGCGGCAAGAGGUUCAGCCGCAGCUCUACCCUUGUUAUCCACAACCGGACACACACAGGGGAACGGCCUUACACCUGUGAAGAAUGCGACAAAAGCUUCCUGCGCAGCUCGGAUUUCCAGCGGCAUCGCAAGAUCCAUCAGGCUAAAUCGCCCCAUACCUGCCGAGAGUGUGGGAAAAACUUCAGCCGGAACUCCCUUCUUAUUAAACAUGAGCUCGCACACACGGAGAAGAAACCGCACAUGUGUGUAGAGUGUGGCAAACGCUUCAUGUGUAACACAACAUUUCUGCGGCAUCAGAACACGCACAGAAUUAACUCUCUAUAUGUGUGCUGGAAAAAAAUUCAAUCGGGGAUCCCUUCAUUGUGAAUUUCAGCUUUCUUUAAAGGCCGAUUGGAGAGCUGUUACUUUCAUCGAUUUCUCCUCCGGCCUUGGGAGUGGGAACGUUCUCGGUAGCUGUAAAUGAUACAGACCAAUACAGACUGUGACAGCCCUUAAACGGGUUCACUCCAAAAAUUGCCAGUGUUUUGUUUAUUUCAACACGCCAACCUUGAUCUGCUUCUAGCUUGUCUCCUUAUGUCCACAGCUGUGCCAGUCCACUUACCUCCAUUAAUCUAAUCUCCUGUGGAGCAGGAUGAUACAUUAAGAGGAGGUUAAGGAUAUUUUAGAAGUUUGCUUGCUUCAGGUUACAAUGCAUUGAACAUUAAGAUAAAUGAAUAACUGAGAAGAGCACAGUAACUGCGGUCUAUUAGCAACUUUCAUAGUUUGAUGACUUUACAAAAAUUGUCUUACAUUAGGACACUUCUAUCCUACUGUUAAGUGUUCUAGACUAGAUUUGUCAGGAAUAAACACUUAAAAUGAAUGGCCCUUCUAAGUAAAUGAUGUCAUUCACUUGUGCCCUAUGGCUGGAGGCCCAGAGCCUACUUAGUACAUUAUGCAAGACCAUAAUAAUUCUAUCUGGAAAUGGUAGAUUGUAGAUCAUGUUUGAGGAUCCGAACCCCUCUCCAUGAAUGCUGUUAUACUAUGGCUGGGGGUCCAAACCCCCCUCAGUAAAUGGUGUUAUACAAUAGAUCAUGGCUGGGGGUCCCAACCCCUCUCAGUGAAUGCUGUUAUACAAUAAAUCAUGGCUGGGGGUCCCAACCCCUCUCAGUGAAUGCUGUUAUACAAUAGAUCAUGGCUGGGGGUCCCAACCCCUCUCAGUGAAUGCUGUUAUACAAUAGAUCAUGGCUGGGGGUCCGAACCCCUCUCAGUGAAUGCUGUCGUACAAUAAAUCAUGGUUGGGGGUCCGAACCACUCUCAGUGAAUGCUGUCGUACAAUAGAUCACGGCUGGGGGUCCGAACCACUCUCAGUGAAUGCUGUCGUACAAUAGAUCAUGGCUGGGGGUCCGAACCCCUCUCAGUGAAUGCUGUUAUACAAUAGAUCAUGGCUGGGGGUCCGAACCCCUCUCAGUGAAUGCUGUCGUACAAUAGAUCACGGCUGGGGGUCUGAACCACUCUCAGUGAAUGCUGUCGUACAAUAGAUCAUGGCUGGGGGUCCGAACCCCUCUCAGUGAAUGCUGUCGUACAAUAGAUCACGGCUGGGGGUCCGAGCCACUCUCAGAGAAUGCUGUCGUACAAUAGAUCAUGGCUGGGGGUCUGAACCCCUCUCAGUGAAUGCUUUGAUAUAGUAGAUCUUGGAACGGCGAUAAGAUCCUUGUUAUCCCAAUGGUUAAACUACUAACCUUGCUAUACAUAAAACAACAAUACAAAGUUAAAAUAAAAAAUAGAAACCA